UCUAGGCCCACGAGACGCUUGCACUCGCGCGGCUCUCUCCGCUCUCCCCUCGCCGUGUUCGGGUAUGUCGUGCAUCGGCAUCGACGUCGGCUACGCCAACGGAGUUGUCGCGAUCGCCCGGCGCGGCGGCAUUGACAUCCUUGACAAUGAGGUGUCCAAACGGGCCACAGCGUGCAUGGUCGGCUUCUCGGGCAGCGAGCGGAAGCUCGGCGAGGCUGCGCUCAGCGGGAUCACGUCCAACAUGACCAACACAGUGACGGGCCUCAAGGCCAUCGUGGGCAAAAAGUUCCACUCGGACGAGAUCCAGUCCGAGAUGCCGAAGGUAGCGUACAAGAUGAUCGACGUCGCGGGCAACGUCGGCAUCCCCGUCCACUACCGCGGCGAGGAGACCGUCCUCACCCCGGAGCGCAUCUUUGCCAUGUUCCUCAAGUCGCUGCAGGGCAUCGCCGAGCGCAACCAAGGCCCGUCCCCCCAGCCGCCGCCGACGGCGGCGCCCCCGUCACCGACGUCGUGCUCGCCGUGCCCGCAUACUUCACUGACGUCGAGCGGCGCGCUGUGCUCGACGCCGCCAAGGCACCACCCUCACCUCCUCCCUCACGACCGCCUCUCGCCUCCCGCCCUGCUCGCUGCUGCCUCCGGCGUCGUCGGCCUGAACGUGCUGCGGCUGAUGAACGACUGCACCGCCGCCGCCCUCUCGUACGGCAUCUACAAGACCGACUUGCCCGCCGACAAGCCGACCAACGUCGCCUUCGUCGACUGCGGCGCGAGCGACACCACCGUCUCCAUCGUCGAGUUUGUCAAGGGGAAGCUCAAGGUGCUCUCCGCCGCGUGCGAGCGCCACCUGGGCGGCGAGGACUUCACGCGCGUCAUCGCGGAGCACUUCAACGAGAUCUGGAAGGAGAAGCACGGCAUCGACGCCCACACCAACAAGAAGGCGUGGUUCCGGCUGAUGGUCGCCGCGGAGAAGACGAAGAAGGUUCUCUCGUCAAACCCGCAGGCGCCGAUCGCGAUCGAGUGCUUCAUGAACGACAUCGACGUCAAGGGGAUGCUCGAGCGCGACGAGUUCCUCGGCAUGUGCGCGCCGCUCAUGGCCAAGCUCGAGACGGUCAUCCGCGACGCCUUUGCCGGCUGCGGGAUCUCAAAGGAGGAGAUCGCGACGGUCGAGAUCGUCGGCGGCUCGUCGCGCGUGCCCGCCGUGCAAAAGGCCAUCUCCGAGUUCUUUGGGCGCGAGUGCUCCAAGACGCUCAACUUUGACGAGUGCAUCGCCAAGGGCUGCGCGCUGCAGGCGGCGAUGCUCUCGCCCGCCUUCAAGGUUCGCGAGUUCGAGGUCAAGGACGUGACGCUCUACCCGAUCGCCCUCUCGUGGUCGCCCACGGCGGCCGGCGCGCAGACGGACGCGAUGGAGGUGGAGGGCGAGGCGGACGCGGCGCCGAAGGCGGGCGCCUCCUCGUCGGUCGUCUUCCAAAAGUUCAACGCGGUCCCAAACUCGAAGAUGCUCACCUUCUCGCGCAAGGGCACCUUCACGCUCUCGGCGGCGUACGACGACUCGGUCUCCCUGCCGGGCGGCUUCUCGCCCUCGCUCAACGAGUUCACCAUCUCGGACAUCCCGCAGCGCCUGGACGCAGAGGGGAAGCCAGAGGCGUCCCGCAUCAAGGCGACACCUCCGAGAAGCUUCCCGCGCGCGCGCCCAUCUCGCACCUCCCCUCCCCUCCCCGGCCUCGCCUGCCCGACGCCCCGCCCGCCCGCCCGCCUGGCCGCCCGCCAGGUCAAGCUGAAGCUCGACCUGAACGGCGUGCUCUCCCUCGAGUCGGCCGUCGUCCUCGAGGAGGAGGUGGUGAUCGAGGAGGCGCCGCCCGCCGAGCCCGCGCCCGCGCCCGCGCCGGAGGCGCCCGCGGGCGGGGAGGCGCCCGCGGAGGGGGCGGAGGCCGCGGACGCGGAGGCGGCGCCGGAGCCGGAGCCGGCGCCGGCGCCGGCGCCGGCCGAGGAGAAGAAGCGGUCGAAGAAGGUGAAGCGGAUCCCGGUGACGGUGAGCGAGGCAAAGUCGGUGGGCAUGAGCGCGCAGGAGCUGAUGGAGGCGCAGGAGGAGGAGGGGAAGAUGGCGAUCGAGGACAAGCGCAUCAAGGAGAAGGCGGACGCGAUGAACCAGCUCGAGGAGACGAUCUACUCGAUGAGGGACAAGCUCAGCACCUCGCUCUCUGCCUUCUCGACGGAGGACGAGAAGUCGCCUCUCAUGGCGCUAUUGACCUCGCUCGAGGACUGGCUGUACGAGGACGGCAUGGACGUGGAGAAGUCGGUCUACGACGCAAAGUACGCCGAAAUCAUGGACAAGUGCGGCCCGAUCGAGGCGCGCGCGCGCGAGGCCGACCUGAGGCCCGACGCGAUCGGCGAGCUGCGCAAGGCGCUCGCGCGCUUCUCCGAGUUUGUGGGCAGCUCCGAUGAGGCGUACGCGCACAUCGAGGCGGACGACAAGGCCAAGGUCGCGGCCGAGGUGGAGGCGGCGACGGCGUGGCUGUCGGAGGCGGAGGCGAAGCUGGCAGCGAGCCCCGCCACCGCAGACGCGCCCAUCAAAUCGGCCGAGAUCACGGCCAAGGCGAGCGCGCUGGAGGGCGUGUGCAACCCCAUCAUGCGGAAGCCCAAGCCGGCGCCCAAGGUGGAGGCUGCACCGCCCUCGCCCGCGCCGGUAGAGGCGGAGCCGGCGCCUGCCGCCGAGGGCGACGACGCGGCGGCGGAGCCUGCGGCCGCGCCGCCGCCGCCUGCGGGGGCGGAUAUGGACGUCGACUAAUGAUCCAGACGCAUUCUGGGGGCGCGGCACGGGGAGUUGCCCCGGCGCUGCGGUGGAGGCUGAGCACGCGCGGCACGUGCGUGCGCGAGCGGCGAAAGAGGCCUAGCCGGUUGCUGCUCGAUCGAUCAAGGUCGGAGGUGAUGCGGUGGUUUCCACUAGGGGGCGUGGCUUUAAUAUGCAUUUAUGCUAGUGAGAAAAAAAAUGAUAGUGAAAUA